AUGCCAAGACGAAGACGUUCUUCACUUACAAAUGCCACUGCAACUAAUAAUAAUAAUGAUAAUAGUAACAGUAAUACAAAUAAUGGGAGGAUAACUAAUCCAUCUUCAAACCGCCAUCAAUACCAAAGUCACCAUUCAAUAAAUAAUAAUAAUAAUAGUAACUUAAGAUACCGUGGAGGACGUAGUGUAGACACAGUCCCAUCCAAUCAAAAUCGACUUCAAGAUACUCAAGAAACUCAGGAUUGUCAUGUUUCAUCAACGACUACCAAUUUAAUGCAAGAAAUUCAAAGUUUUCCAAUUGUUACAACACUACAACUGCAACAAAAUGAUCCCGAAUUGGAAGCGGAUAAAAAAUUGAUUAUGAGUCAUCCUCUUUAUCCCCUAUUGGCGUGUUAUUACAACAGUGUGAACUGGCUACAGCCAGGCCAGAUUCUCCACCUCCGCUGGAUACCUUCAACACUGAAUUAA